GGGAAGAGCCAGAGCAGACAUGGAGACAUUUUGCAGUCUGUUGAUCUUGUGCUUUUGGAGUUUUGCUUUAGGUCACGGAUGCAAUUUUUCAAGAACAACCCCUGAUUUUGGAGUCCUCUACCAUGUCAAAGGAAUCAUCAACCUGCCUUAUGCUGAAAUUGAAGAGCCUUUUGAAGCUUGGUACAACUUAACUGGAAACAAGAGUCGCAUUGAAUACUACAAUGGCCAGGUGAUAACUUUACAGCUUGGAUGUGUGAAACCAUACGGCACCUUGAUCAAAAUAACACCGGCAACUACAGAGAAAGUGGUGAAUGCUGAAAAGUGCUUCCAGCUAAAUGGCACCAAAGAAGAUCAUGUGCAGGCCCAGGAAGUCUUUCCUGACAUGAAAAACUUCAAGCCUAUAAGGGAAGAGUACUACAAAGGCCAGUAUUGCACUGUCUGGCAGAACAUUUCCUAUUGGGGCCACAAGAAGAAUAUCUACACCAUGUGGGUAACCAACACAAGCUGUGGCGUGUCGCCUGUACACUACGAGAUGAAGGGCUACAACUCUUUGCUGGGGUCCCAUUACGACAAGUACGAGAUAGAUUACAGUGACUUUUCCAACAGCUUCCCAUCUUCCGUCUUUGUCCUGAAGCCUAAUGAAACAAAAAUAUGCGAUCAAUUGCCAGGGGACUCUGCAGAGCACCACAUCAUGGCAAAUCCCAUGGCAGAUUUUGUUGGAGGACAGGAGGAUCGGGCUCAUCGGCUGUUCCACCAUUACAGAAAACGGUUUGGAAAGUCCUAUGACAAUGAGCAUGAAAUGGAACACAGGAAGCACACCUUCACCCACAAUAUGAGGUUUGUGCACUCCAAGAACCGAGCUAACCUCCCUUUCAAACUGGCCCUGAACCACUUGGCUGACUUCACCCAAGAGGAGAUGGCUGUGAUGCGGGGGAAGCUCAAGAGCACUGCACGGAACAAUGGCCUGCCUUUCCCUGAGGAGCUCUUUGUUGGUCUCAUCCUUCCGGAGAGCUUGGAUUGGCGACUCUAUGGUGCUGUGACUCCAGUCAAGGACCAGGCUGUGUGUGGUUCCUGUUGGAGCUUUUCUAGUACUGGAGCACUUGAAGGGGCUCUAUUCCUCAAGACUGGACAGCUCAUCCCUCUCUCUCAGCAAAUCCUCAUUGACUGCUCUUGGGGUUUUGGGAACUAUGCAUGUGAUGGUGGUGAAGAAUGGCAAGCAUUUGAAUGGGUCCUGAAGCAUGGUGGCAUUGCCAGCACAGAGUCUUAUGGGCCAUACAAAGGCCAAAAUGGCUACUGUCACAGCAACAAGACACAUCUCGUGGGCAAACUCUCUGGUUAUGUGAAUGUUACUUCUGGGAACAUAACAGCACUGAAGGCUGCUAUCUACAAGCAUGGCCCUGUAUCUGUCAGCAUUGAUGCCUCCCACAGAACAUUCUCCUUCUACUCCAACGGUGUUUACUAUGAGCCCAAAUGUAAAAACAAGAAAGGUGAGCUAGAUCAUGCAGUCCUGGCUGUAGGUUAUGGUGUCCUUCAAGGAGAACUUUACUGGCUUAUCAAGAAUUCCUGGUCCACCUACUGGGGCAACGACGGCUACAUCCUCAUGUCUAUGAAAGACAACAAUUGUGGAGUUGCUACUGAUGCCACAUUCCCACUUAUGGCAUAAUUUCUUUUCACAGAAUCAAAAUCCUCAUGUUUUAAUGUUUUAAACUUCCCUAAUAUAUUCACUCAUGAAUAUGUUGGCCUCAGUAAUAGGAUUAAAACAGACUCGGGGUUUGUUUGUUUUUAAAAAUGGAACUAUUUUUGUGUUUUCUAGCCUUGUUAUAUUUUAAGUCUCUUUGUAAAGACAUGUUUGAUUUGAAAAAUGGGUAUAAAUGAAA